UUCAGACUGAGUCACUGUAACCUCUCAGAGAGAAGCUAUGAUGCUCUGUCUUCAGUUCUCAACUCCCAGUCAUCUUGUCUGAAAGAGCUGGACCUGAGUAACAAUGACAUACAGGAUUCAGGAGUGAAGCUUUUGUCUGUUGCACUGCAGAAUCCACAUUGUACACUAGAAACUCUCAGUCUGUCAGGCUGUCUGAUCACAGAGGAAGGCUGUACUUACCUGGCUUCAGCUCUGAGCUCAAACCCCUCCCAUCUGAGAGAGCUGGACCUCAGCUACAAUCAUCCAGGAGACUCAGGACUGAAGCUGCUGUUGGCUGGACUGAAGGAUCCAUGCUGGAGACUGGACACUCUCAGGGUGGAGCCUGCUGGAGUCCAAUGGUUGACACCAGGUCUGAAGAAGUAUUCCUGUCAACUCACAAUCGACACAAACACAGUACACACAAACCUCAAACUGUCUGAUAACAACAGUAAGGUGACACAUGUGGAGGAAGUUCAAUCAUAUCCUGAUCAUCCAGACAGAUUUGAUGGUUAUCCUCAGCUGCUGUGUAGAAAUGGCCUGACUGGUCGCUGUUACUGGGAGGUCGAGUGGAGCAAAAAUAUUUCUAUAUCAGUGAGCUACAGAAGAAUCGGAAGGAAAGGAUACAGUGAUGAGUGUAGGUUUGGAUUUAAUGAUCAGUCCUGGAGUCUGCUCUGCUUUGAUGAUGGUCCUAACUAUGUCAGGCACAAUAAGAGACAAACAUUCAUCUCCUCAUCCUCAUCCUCCUACUCCUCUGUCUCUAACAGAGUAGCAGUGUAUGUGGACUGGCCUGCUGGCACUCUGUCCUUUUACAUAGUCUCCUCUGACACUCUGAUCCACCUCUUAACCUUCAAAACUACAUUCACUGAAACUCUUUAUCCUGGAUUUUGGGUUGGUCCUGCUUCUUCAGUGUGUCUGUGCUGAGUUGAGUAUAAAGAGUGUCCUCAUGUUAAAGAAAUACUCUGACUAUUGAAAAGAUAGUUAAGUCUGUACAUGUCUGUCUCUUUCACUCAGAAACAUGUUUUCAGAUUCAUGGAUUCAAUCAGUUGAUGUUUUAAACUGUUCUAAAUGAUUACUUGUAAAUUUCUUCCUCAUCAGUCCUUUAAAGAUGUAAGCUACGAUUAUUCAAGGAUCCACAUUUUGCUUCACAUUUUCAAGCUUCACAAUGAAUAUUAGUACGUUGUGUCACUUUAUUAUUAUCAAACAAUAAUAAUAAUAAUAAUAAUAAUUAUAUAUAUACAUAUAAAAAACACCCAGCACGCCCCUGCGGGCGGU